AUGCAUCUCCGUUACCUCCUCCUUGCUGAAGCACUAUUCGUCUUGCCGUCUUUCUCACGGAGCAUCCCACAACCACCACCAACGAUUCGAUGGCUAGACUGCGCCAAUGCAGUUCCGUCCCCGACAACAACCAGCUCGCUCAACAUCUCUUCGAUUGACUUAACCAACCUCCCCUCAACUCUUCUCUGUGGCGAACUCGAUGUUCCCAUGGAUUACUCAAAACCAAUGUCCGACGCGAACAUGAUAACAUUGGGACUCGGCAUGCAUAGACCGACGGAUCCGAAAGGGGUUCUUUUCUUUAAUCCUGGAGGGACUGAUGCUGGUGUUAUUGUUGCUUGGGACAUCGCACUGAAUGUAUCACAUGCAUUUGACGGCUUGUUGGAUUUCGACAUACUUGUACUUGACGUACGGGGAACAUUUAGCUCGAAUCAGCUAAAUUUCUCCUUGGCCACACUUGAACCAUUAUUUGGUCCGUAUCCCACGACGAGAAGUGAGUUUGAUAUCAGUAAAAAUAUUUCGGCCACAGCAAUCCAGUCGUGGAUAGACAAUAGUUCGCCUUCUGGUAUCAUUCAGCAUGUUGGAACGAAAGAGGUUGUCCAAGAUUAUGAACAAGUGAGGAAAGCACUUGGAUAUGAGAAGAUCAAUUUUCUUGGGGCUUCAUAUGGGUCUUUCCGAGCUAUGCAGUACGCAGCUACAUUUCCACAUCGAGUUGAUCAUUUCGUGUUGGAUUCUGUCGCACCUCAUGGACGAGUAUCGCAAGAUAGCGUUGCGGCUACCAACCGUGCUAUGCAACGCGCAGAUGCUUACUGUCUCAACAAUUCAUCUUGCCCUUUCUAUGGGAAAGGUAAAGGCAGUGUUCUCGAGGCUUUCAAGCAAGUUCUCAGCAUGGCCAAGGCAAACCCGUUCUUCGUUCCAGAGUGUGUUAACAGUACCGCGUGCUACCCAUACAUCACGGCCAAUGAUGUGCAGACAUUAGCUUCCGCAGGUCUGCAAGGUGCGCCUGACUUUCCUGCCUUCUUGGAUGGUAUCUAUGCUGCGCUUAACGGCAAUCCAUAUUAUUUUAUUGAUGGUCCGGCGAAUCUUGAGGGUGUGGUUGCGCAGCCUCUCCUUUGCAACGAUUAUGCAGAAUAUGAUAGAUCAUUCGAGACGUUCAAGGCUUCGUUGGAUCAGGGACUAAAGGAUGAUAUAACAGGAAUUGGAAUGAGCCAGGUAUGGCAGAUUCAGCUCAUGUGUUCCGCGUGGCCAUAUCCGGUAUCACCCUCGAUCCCUAUGCCGAACGACAAGCAGAUGCUUUUCGUGACUGCAGACUUUGACGCCAGUGCGCCAACAGAGUGGACCACAUUCGGAUGGGGACAAUCUCCAAAAUCAGCAUUAGCUGUUAGACAUGGCGAUGACCAUGUUUCCAUCCUACUUACUAAUCAGGCAUCUUCGAAUAUCACUAAAGCUUUCUUGAAUACUGGCAUCCUUCCCGAAGCUCAGGAUAGUGAAUUUGUCACAGUUUAUAUCCCGGGAAUGGUUCGCAAGCCGAUCUCAAAUCCGUACCAAGUGCCCACUGGUGCUUUGGCUGGAGACAUUGAUAGUGGGAAUGUCACUGUUGAAGUCGUAUUUUAA